AUGGCAAAACCUCCACAGGUCCUCAGGAGACAGUCGGGGCUGUUGGCGUCUCAGGAAGAAGACGACGACUCGACGUUCACUCAGCCGAGUUCUUCUCAGGUCCAGAGAGGGCUGGAGAGGUUCACACCUGCACAGGUAGAUCAGAAGACAGCUGAGGUGGUCCAGUUCUUCCUGGUUCGUGACCAGAAGAAGAUUCCCGUCCGCAGAGCAGACCUGGUGAAACACGUGUUGAAAGAUUAUAGAAACAUUUACCCCGAAAUCAUGAAGAGAGCAGCGCGCACCUUUGACCAGGUUAGUAUAAAAAAAACGUUGCUUUCACUAAACUCUUAACAGGAACAUAUCUUUAUUUA